GGGGCGGCCCCGAUGGGCCGGGCCCCGUCUGCCCGCAGGGCUGGGCCAGGCCGAAGGGAAGUAGAAAAGAAAAAGUUAAAAAUAGUCAUUUCCGCGUCCUCCUGCCCCGGCACAACGGCACAACAGCACAACAGCCAGGUGUUGUGCCCCACGGUGAGGUCCUCUGCCCUAUGUCUACCACCUACACUGAGCCUCAGCAAGCUGUUCUGCUUCACAGCACGUUCCAGCAAGGUCUCCUGCUCCACUGUGAAGAAGUCUCCUUCCCCAUGGAGGACCCUGUGAUCCGCAUACCCCCCUACCACUACAUCCAUGUGCUGGACCUCAACAGUAACGUCACUCGUGUGGAGGUUGGACCCCACUCCUUCAUCCGGCAGGACCAUGAGAGGGUGGUCUUCUCCCCCAAGCGUAUGGUGAUGGUCCCCCCCCGGCACUACUGCGUGGUGCUCAAUCCCGUGGCCCGGGGCCCAACGGGGGCCGUGUUGUUCGAUGGGGCGGGGCAGGCCCAGCUGCGACAUGCUGACCUUGACAUCCGCCUCACCCAGGAGCCCUUUCCCCUGUAUCCCGGCGAGGAGCUCCAGCAGGGUGUCACCCCGCUGCAGGUGGUGCUGGCUGAUACUGCCCUGCGCCUUCGAGCUUUGCUUGACUUUGAGGAUGAGGAUGGGAACAAGUUUGUGGCAGGCGACGAGUGGCUCUUUGAGGGUCCUGGCACCUACAUCCCCCACAAGGAGGUUGAGGUGGUUGAGACGUUGCAGGCCACCAUCAUCAGGCACAACCAGGCCAUCCGCCUGCGGGCGCGCAAGGAGUGCCUGGACCGUCAGGGCACGCGGCGUGUCACAGGUGAGGAGUGGCUGGUGAAGCGGGUGGGUGCCUACCUGCCAGGGGUCUAUGAGGAGGUGGUUGACGUCGUGGAUGCCUAUGUCCUCACUGACAAGAAAGCCCUCCACCUGCGAGCUACCCGGACCUUCGAGGAUGUGCAGGGACACGUGCGCCGCACAGGCGAGGAGUGGUUGGUGACACAGGAGCAGAGUGAGGCCUACGUCCCUGAUGUCUUCGAGGAGGUGGUGGCUGAGGUCCUGGUGACAACUUUGGGUCCCCGACAGUAUUGUGUGGUGCUCGACCCUGUGGGACCCAACGGGCAGCCCCAGUUGGGACAGCAGCGUGUGGUCAAGGGGGAGAAAUCCUUCUUCCUGCAGCCGGGUGAGCGGCUCCAGGCUGGCAUCCAGGACGUCUAUGUGCUCUCUGAGGAUGAGGGGCUGCUUCUUCAGGCUCUGCAGACAAUCAAGGACACCGACGAGGAUGGGACAGAGGUGAUACGGCGUGCAGGGGACCGCUGGCUGGCCCGAGGUCCUCUUGAGUACGUGCCACCAGCCGAGGUGACUGUGCUGGAGCGACGCCAAGCACUGGCCCUGGCUGAGAACGAGGGCAUCUAUGUGCGGGACAUCCGCACUGGCAAGGUGCGAGUGGUGACGGGGCAGACCUACAUGCUGACAGAGUCUGAGGAGCUGUGGGAGAAGGAGCUGCCCCCUGGGGUUGAGGUCCUGUUAGCUGAGGCUCGUGGGGACACAGCUGGUCAAGAUUCGGGCAUCCAGUCAUCCUCAGGCCCCAGUUUUGGGGUCCAGGAGCGGGACCGGACCCGUGCCGUCACAUAUCAGGUGCCCCAUAAUGCUGCUGUGCAGGUCUAUGACUACCGGGAGCGGCGAGCACGAGUGGUACUGGGCCCUGAGCUGGUGGUGCUGGGCCCUGGUGAGCAGCUGACGGUGCUGUCCCUAUCUGGAGGCCGCCCCAAACGGCCCCAUGCGCGCCGCAGCCUCUGCCUGCGCCUCGGCCCUGACUUCUGUGCUGACAUUGUCACCAUUGAGACAGCUGACCAUGCACGGCUGCAGCUGCAGCUGGCUUACAACUGGCACUUUGAGGUGCCUGAGGAUCCAAAGGCUCUGGGGCGUCUCUUCAGUGUCCCUGACUUUGUGGGGGAUGCCUGCAAGGCCCUGGCCUCCCGUGUGCGUGGAGCUGUUGCUGCUGUCACCUUUGAUGACUUCCACAAGAACUCCAACCGCCUCAUCUGCUCAGCUGUCUUUGGCUUUGAUGAGGGUGGACGGCUGCGGGAGCACCUGCGCUUUGUCCCCAAUGGGCUGGUGGUGACGAGCGUCGACAUCCAGAGUGUGGAACCUGUGGACCAACGCACACGUGAUGCACUGCAGCGCAGCGUCCAGCUGGCCAUCGAGAUUGCCACCAACUCCCAGGAGGCUGCUGCCAGGCAUGAAGCUGAGCGCCUGGCACAGGAGGCCCGGGGCCGCCUGGAGCGCCAGCGGCUGUUGGACCAGGCGGAGGCAGAGCGGGCACGCAGGGAGCUGCUGGAGCUGGAGGCCCUCAGUGCUGCGGUGGAGAGCGCCGGUGCAGCACGGGCGGAGGCCCAGGCCAGAGCAGAGGCUGCGCGCAUCGAGGCCGAGGCUGCCAUCUUGCAGGCCAAGCUGAAGGCAGAGGCUGUCGCCAUAGAGACGGAGGCAGAGCUGGUGCGGCUAGAGCGGAUGCAGGCGCAGGAGGUGCGGGCACAGCGGGCACGGGCAGAGGCGGAGGCGGCGCGGGCACAGGCACUGGCGGCUGUGGAGGCCUCAAAGGUGCGGGAGGUGGCAGCAGCCCUGGGGCCUGAGACCAUCCGGGACAUUGCCCGUGCUGGGCCUGAGCUGCAGGUGAAGCUGCUACAGGGCCUUGGGCUGCAAUCUGCCCUCAUCACCGAUGGAGCUGCUCCCCUGAACCUCUUCAGCACCGCCCGUGGGCUGCUGGGGCUGGCGGUUCCUCCGGAACCCUCAACCUCAUAGGGCUCAGCACUAACAGAAAGCAGAAAUCCAGGGAUGCUGAGCACUCAAAGCUUCCUUUUUUUUCUUUUCCAAAAUAAAGCAGAGUGAUAGCAGUA